AUGACGAAUGGCGUCAAGUUGUUAUUGUUGAAAGCGUUUAAUUAUUUGUAAUAAGAUUAUGAGUGCUUAUACAAUCUUUUUACAUAAAAUUGUACAGUAUAGUGACCACCUAGUUUAGUUAUAAAAGUGUUAAUCAAGACUUUUUAACUGGAUUCUUCAUUUGAGUGUCAAAAGUAUGUCACAUAAAAUGGGGUAUAUAAUGUUUCUUGCCCGUAAGCAAAUCAAUUUCCGUCUUAAAUAUUCCCACCUGUGUAUGAGAGGACGUGUGCACAUUCUGCAGAGUGAAUUUAUAUAACUAUAUUUCUUUGAUUUUAAAAAUUUCAAUGUGUAAAUUCAUUCGUGAACUGUGAAAAUACGAUUGGAACACAUGGAAUAACACUCCCCCGUCAAAGAAACAAGAUGGCUGCGAUCAUAUCCAUUUUCUUAUUUUCCUAUAUUACUGCUCGAUAAUUGAUCAAAGCUACUGAUUUAAUGUGUAUUGAGAUAGUAAACGUGCAAUUCAUGAAGAUUAACUUACAAUUAUCUCUUAUAAAUUAUCUUUGUGUAUGCAAAAUGAGUGUAAUGUCCGUUCAUGACAAUCUUAUAAACAGUGCCUAAAAUGUGCUUUGGAUGGCUCUUAUUCAGUAUGUGAAUAUAAAUAAGAACAAUUGUGGCUCAUCAUGCCAGUUUUAAAUGGCAGCAAACAGUGACGGCAAAAUUGAACUAUCUACUAUUUUAACCUGUGAAGGGGACCUGUCCGAUCCCAGGUUCCCUACACAGUUGAAUUUAUUGGUGGACAGUUUAAAUAACAUUUUGGGUGAAUCAGUGAAAGUUCACAAACUGGAGCCCUGGAACUCUGUGCGUGUAACGCUGUCUAUUCCUAGGGAAGCAGCGUUACGCCUUAGACAACUAGCUAAUGAGGGUUCUCAACAUCUCAGGGCUCUUGGAAUACUUAGUGUUCAAGUUGAAGGGGAUCAAGUGGUAUCAUUGCGGCUAGCUACAGGUGGACGUUCAGAGCCUCAAGAAAUAUUUUUGAGGACAUCUCAAGAUGGAAGUAGCAGCUCAAGUCAUCAUGAAUCUGAACUAAGUAAUUUUCUACAAACGAAUGCUACAUCAUCUCCUACUAAUAGCAACAAUGUACAAGUGCAAUUUAAAUCACCAAAUGUUGUGUGUCCCCCAGAUUCAGUGGUACCAAAAGUAGGUGCUAAUACAGCACCCUCCAACAAUGUGUCUAGUAGUAAUAAGGCAUUUGUUGGCCCAUUUCCUUUUGCUAGCAUGAACCAGGCAAUCCAUAGUAAUCGAGAGACUCCAUUUAACUCAUUACCACCUCCAUAUCCUGCAAAACAUCCUCCCGUAACAAUAUCAAGCCCUCUUCUUGUUAAUCUUUUACAAAAUGAUGGAGCAAAGGAAUCCUCCAACUCUGGCGCAUGCAUUCAAAAAUCAAUGCCUGUCAGGACUAUGGUUUCAUCAUCUGAUGUAUCAACUACUACAACAAAUUCGGGGCCAUCAAACUUCCCAAUUAAAUCUAGCAACAGCACCAUUUCUUCUUCACCCUCUAAUUCUUUGUUGACAAAUACUACUCAGGCUAAUGUGCUAGUUAAUAGUUCAAUAUCACCAAGCGCCUUAUCAACAAAUACUUCCAUUAGGCAAAAUAGCACCAUAAUGACGAGUACAACAGAUAUGGUAAAUAAGACGCCCCCGCCUCCUCAAUACCACAGGACAUUGUCAUCUACAAUGAUCAAGCAGAGUCCUGUUACUGGGCAUCACCAUAUAAAUACCAUAUCUUCAUCUUUACCAAAUAGUUCGCUAACCCAAAACACUUCUGUAUCUCAUGGAACACAAUCAGCAACUGUGCCUCUACAACAUAAUAUGUAUCAACAGCUCACGGUUCCAUCACAACAACUUAAAAAUUCAGUUUCUAGUAAUAUUGUUAAUUCCUUAUCUCAACCAAAUAUCGUAUCAACAGUUAAACAUCAAUUAACUCACAAAACGGUUACCUCUUCAAAUUUUGUAAAAUCACCUUCUUCAGUCACAAAUAUGCCAAUGACAAAAACUACUCCUCAAAGAAGUACUCUUUCAAAUAUGAUACAUCAGCCUGUUAACAAUACUCAUUUGAAAUUAAGUACACCACCUAUUUACUUAUCUCAACAAAUAAAAAAGAAUUUUCCUCAAAAUGUAAUCAAUUCAUUAUCACAACCUGCCUCUGUAGCUUCUCCCGUAGCAAAUGCAUUAGAUUUGCCAAGUUCCAGUCAUAGUUUCAAUAAUAUCAGUUUAAGAAAUAUGCCUUCACCUCCACCAUACUCUGUAGCUAUAUCUAGACCGUGGGAUUCUCUUGUAAAUAACAGUAACUCAUUACUUGAUUUAACUCCAACAUUAACAGAUCUAAAACCAGAUGAUUUGGACGAACUGCUACCGAGUCUCGAACGAGAACUCACACAUAGCCCUCUACCUGAUUUACCAGAGGAUUUUCUUGCCGUUCAUUCAAAUAUUAUAUCUACAACUGAUGACUUACAGUUAAAUGAUAAUCGGAAAUUUCUCAUCAAUCCUCUGACGGGAGAAUUGGAACCACAGUCAAGUGGAGAAAGUGAUACGGAAGAGUUGAAAGACGUUUUCACAGGAUUGCCUUCACCGGCUAACUUGUCUGACGAAGAUACUUGUUCGACCACUAGACCCGAUACGACUACCGAUCAGAGCGAUAGCGAGACGCGUUCCAGUGAUACUACAUCAAAAUCUGUAAGGUUGAAAAAUUCAAAACCGAGAGAUAGGGGUAGAGAUUCACCUGCUUUAAAACCUGAGAAAAUAAAGUUAAGAUUAAAGCUGGAGAAAUCAGAGCCUAUAAAUCAGGCAUAUAAGGUGGAUGUUAGUUUUGUUAACCAACAACCUAAAAAAGCAUCGUCAUCGUUAAUAACAGCAGCUGAAGAGCUUCGAGUACCUCCACUUCAUAUAUCACUGAAAGGGAGGAAUUCCGCUGUAAUAAAAAAUAAAAAUAAAGUAAAUCCUGAUGGUACUCCUCUGAAAUUAAAAUUGCCAUUACAGGUUAGAAAAAAUCAGGAUCACAUCAAAUUGAAAACCACUGAAGGAAAUAGUGUUAUGAAUUCCACAGAGGAUAUUGGAAAUAUCAAUUCAUUGAUGAUGGAUGUACCUUCUUCAAUUAUUAGUGCUGAAAUUAAAGCAAGGCUUGCUACAAUAGAACAGAAAAAAAUGAAAAAACUGAAAGCUAAUAACGAACAUAAGGAUUUAAUUGCUAGUCUGUCCCAGGAUAGUGAUCUGAAGUCAAAAUUUGUGAUACAUAACCAUUACAAAGAAAAACAGAAAGAACGGCGAGGUAGUGACUCGGAAUUGGUAAAAUCCAAGAAAUUUCUUGACGGCAACGCCAUACCCGAUGACAAGAAGCGAAGGUUAAGCCAGUCUGAGCAACCAGAAGAUGACCAACCAGUUUUAGGUUCCACAAACGUUGGAACUAUCACAGGAUUGCCACAAAAACUGAGAAAAGACAAAGUAAAAUUCAAAGAUGUAUUUAAGCGAGAUGCUAUUAAAAAUAACAAGAUUUUCAACAAAAGUUUUGGUGAAAAGUUGCAGACAAAGUCAGUAACUUUACCUACUGCUGGAGAAAUGAAUAUGGAGGCAAAAUUCAAACAAGGAUUACUUGAGGGAACUGGAGAAAGGGGUAUCCCAAGACCACCGCAUCGAACUGAAAUUGUCAACCAUCUUAGUACAGAUCCUAUUAGAAUAGAUACACCAGAAGUAGCCAAAGUUAUACCUGAUACUGCUCCUUUAAAAGAAAAAUCGCCCGAACCAGAUAAAUGCAAUACACCUAAUAGAAAAUCUGUUGAUUUACCUGAUAAACCUGUCGUGACGAGCGUUGUAGGAGGCAAUAGGUCACCAACCUCAGGAGGUAAUCAAGGUGAAGAUAGUGGGAUUGAAAGUAUGGAUGCCCUCAGUGAAAAAUCCCCCAAUCAAGCGAGUCAAAGUCCACAUGCCGACAUUUUACCUCCAAAGACACAAGUGCCUAACAUGCUGGACAUUGAGGCGCAACUCGCCAAGAUGGAGGGAUUGAAUGGAGACAGUGAUAGAUUAGAAGAUGGUGGAACUGAUACGAGACAUGUUGAUGAUGUUAAUGAAAACAAAUGCCAUCAAGAUCUAGCAGUGAAAAAAUGUUGCGAACUUACUUGUGCUCUGCAAGAUAGUCUCAAACAGGGAACUGUAAUGGCACUUGCUGCUGAUUUAGACUCACCAUCACCUCCAAACAACAAACAGCAAGUUGAUGGAAAUCUUAUACCUCUUAAGGUAAAAAAAGAUGAAGAUGACUUGGAGCCACUCCCUGUACGAGUAACACCUGCUUUGUACACUUAUUCAAAUCCCGAGAAAUCUCGUGCUGGAUCAGAAAGUCCUACAAUUUCUGAUGAAGAUAGUAACUCUUGUUCUACUACCAGUACUGUACCUGGUAAUGGUAAACAAAGUAAGAGCCUCUUAGAACAGCUACUUAUAGAAAUCCCCAAUGAUCAUCAAACACCUAGUUCUCCGAGUCCUGCCACACGAUCUUCGGUGCGAACGAGGGCGCUCUCUAAACUCAAUAGUCCUGAAUUAAAUUCACCUGUGUCUAAGAAUACUACAUCGCGUAUAGUACCGAAUACCAAAAGGAAAAGGAACGAAUCUGAUAGUUCAAAUCAGAGUUUGGAAGAUAUAAAAAAGAAGUCACGGAAAACAGUUAGUGGAACGAAUAAUACUAAUGCUGGCCAAAUGACUGACUCGGUGACGAAACCUUUGCGUCAAAACGAGACUGCAAAAGUAAAUAAUGUAAAGAAGAUAAAAGUACAAGAGGAGAGUUCAGAUAGUGAUGAGCCAUUAACAGAAAAAAUGCGAAAAUCAUCGUUAACUGUAAAUACUCAAAUGGCUAAUAUGAACUUAAUAGCGAAAAAUUCAAAAAUCACCAAAUUGGGGCCGGGGACUGUUGCUAAUAAUAAUACGACGACGAUGGUGACAUCGACAAAAGCCAGUGCGAUGGUAGUUAGUACCAGAAGGUCGGUAAGAAGCAAUAUGCCUGCGCAAAAUACAAGAAGCAAAGGCGAUAACGUUAAAGUAUCAUCUGAAACGGAUGCUUUAAGGAGAAAAACGAGGAGUGCUGUUUCUGAUGUUGAAAAUAAGCGUAAAAAAGAGGUGAAGUGACAGUAUGGGAGCGACUGCUGGGAAAGCAGUCACCUAAAUCUCCAACAACAGUUACAGCAACAUCAGCAACAAGAAGCAAAUGUAUACCAGUACCCCAUUUACCGCCCUUAUUUGUGCGAUCUGGCAUCGUCGUCGUCGUCAUCAUCAUCCGUGACGUCAUCUUCGUCAGAGACCCAAGAUGAGGACGACAGUUACAGUAGCGAGGAGGAGUCUGACGAGUAAAAUUUUUCUCCUUACCUCUAAAGCUGUACAGAUUGUGAUAUGCAACCUUAGUUAGGUCUGUAAGGAAAAUGUAGUGUUUUAAAAUUAUGGACAGACAUUCAUUUGCAGGGAGUUUGAAAAACUUUACAUAAUGUAUAUAUAUAAAUUAUUAAUAAUUUUAUGUAGAAUAGCUAAUCAUCUAUUUAUUGAAGGAAGUUCUUUUUUAUUUCAAAUUUGAUUAUUUAAAUAAAACUCAAUAUUUUGUUUGGAAAUGGAGUAAGUUAUUAUGAAUAUAGAAACUUUUAGAUGAAUAACAAAUUCAACUAUAUUUAUAUUUCUCUACAAAAAUACUUGAAGCCGAUUUUUUCAUACCUUAAGGUGUUUGCUUUGUGCUUUGGUCUUUUUUCCAUUCUUUUUUUUUUAAGUCUACAACCUAUUCUAAUUUGAUUGUUCAUCAUAGUCUCUUUCUAAUCUUUCGAUUAGAAAGAUUGUUUGAUAUUUUGUAUAAUUCAUUUUGUUUUACUAUAAAAAUCCUCGUAUCAAUCUUUAUCCAAUGAAUUUUUCAUAUAAAGUGCUAUCUAUUUUAGUGUUAUGUAUUUAGCUCUACUGAAGGUAUAGACAUGUUUUUACAAAUUCGUUUGAGUCGAUUACAAAUUUGAUUGAUGAGAGUGUCUGUCUACAAUACAAGAAUCCAGGGUUCAACAUACAUUAUGCUCCUUAUGGACCUUACUAUAACAACUAAAUAGAAUUGUAAAUAGAUAGCAAAUUUAUUGUAUAUAUAUUAUAUACAAAAUGCAUAGUUCUUACACAAGCAGAGGUGUACAUUGUAAAUGUGUUAUUUUCCAUACAAGCUACGGCAUAAAAAUAAUAUAUAUUAUUAUAUUAUACAAACUAUUUUACUUUUGUUUACUGUGAUUUUACGUAGAGUGACAUGAAAUGUAUGUGCGCGUGCGCUAACGGUAUGUUCUAACUAAUCUAAUGUAUUGGAUAUUUUAGAUGAAUAAGAACGAUUUCUGAUCUAUCUUGUUUAAUCAAUUGUUGAAUUUAUUCAUUGCUCUUUUUUAAUUCUAAUACUUCAGCUUAUAUAUUUUUCUCUUCACUAUAGUUGUAAUUGUUUGUAGUUAUAAGCUGUUUUUGAAACAGAUACACAGUAUUUGAAAUUUGAAAUGAAAUAAAGUAUUAGGUUUUUUUAUUAAAUAGUAUGUAAUAUGGCUCAUUGAAAAUCAACAUAGUGUUGUAUUAUAUGAAGAGUUUAGAAGUAAAAAGAUCUAAGUAGCAAAUUUUUUUUAAAAUGGCCUCCAAAGUUUGGUGAGAACUGAAAAUUUCUUCUGUUUACAUUACAUAUUAAGAAAUUCAUUUACAGGUAAAGUGAGAAAUAUGAACAAUUUUGGAGAUAAACUUUUAUUUCUUAUAAAAAAGACAUUAGCUAAGUAGGUAUUGGUUAUAUUUUAAUCAUAGUCAAAUAUUAAGCUGGCAUCUUGUUUUUUAGGGGGUAGAAACAGAAUUGUAUUCUUAGGAUCUUUGAUAAAUAAGUAGAAGAUUGAAAAUCAUACCGAGAAACUAUUGAAUUCCAUGUAAGAAUAUCCAGUAUAAAAAAAUUAAUCGUCAGUAUGUGUUAUAUUAACUACACAUUAACAAUUUUCCAAUUUUUAUUUUUUAAUAAAAUACAAAAUUUAUAAGAAAUAUUAUAAUAUUAAAAUCAGUACCAACAACUUAAGCAGCAGAAACACAACCCGAUUUCUUGAGAACCUCUUCAGACAUCACUUAUAUCAGAUGUAAAUGUUGGAUAUUCCAGAACAAAGAUCAAAGCACAUUAUUGCCUUAAAUAGUAAACUUUGUUGUCAAAAGAAAAAUUGGUAAUGUUUUAUGCUGCUGCUUUUUUACCUUAUGCAAUUCGUACAUACUUUUUCUUUUCUUCAUUAGAUGGCAGAUGACUCAUUACUGAUAUUUCGUCUUUAUCGAUGGAAAUAUCCCUUCAUAGAUAUACUUUUUGCGAAUGUUUGAGUCGUAAGAAAAGUAUCUUGUGUUUGGAUUCUGAUUGUAUGAGUAAUGGCUUUUGUAUCACGCAAAAGCCUCAAUGAUCUAUCACGUUUUGUUUUCGACUUUCGAUAUCUUAUUCUUUGGGAUUAUCUCACACCUUUUAUCUUGUUCUCCAAAGUCAUGAUUGUCAAUUUUAUUGCAGAUUGCCUUAAAAUGACCAUCUGUUACAUCGAUUGCUUUUUAAAAAAUAAUUUACAUAUACGAUGGUCAAGUUGCCUAAUCUUUGUGCUGUAUAUUAGUCAGCUAUUUUCUUUAAAGUUUUGUUUGAUAAACUAUUCACAAACUAAAUGCUUUCUUUCUUAUUCUAUGAAUUUAGAACAUUCGUAUUGACAGCUAUAAUUAAAUUCUUGAACAUUGUUUUUUCCUUCCAACUUUUCUCCUAUUGGUAUACUCUUCACCUUUCUUCCUUUAUAUAGUUUUCCCAAUGUUUUCAUUUUGUUGCCCUUUUCGACCUCUCUUUAGUGUAACGGUUAAUAUACCUCACAUUUUUAGUUUUAAAACAUCUUCAAUGAAAUUCUGACCAUGAACAUUUUUCAUGCACUAAAUUCUUGGAGUCAAUUUCACUACGAUUUCCUUCAUCCAAUGAAUUUUUAGAGUAACUUUCGUUCGGUAUACUUUAUUCCACAAUCUGCCUCUUGACUCUAAAAUAACGCAAUAUUCCAUUUUUCUAGUAAAACAACUACAUAACCUAACCAAUAAAAAAUAUUCUUGUGGAAAAUUAUGCACUCAUUUUGAUAAAUUGGCUGAUGUAGAGGACAAGUGUCAUUCAUACACAAAAAGUUAAAUACUUGAAGCACUUAUAUUUUCGAAUACGAUUUGUAAAUGAUCUUAACAAAGUACCUAUUGGUGUUGCUUAGGCGUUAUCACUACCAAAUAAAAUAUUCAUUUUCUUUAUAAGACUUCUUAACACGUCGAAAGAUGGCGUCAUCUCACAAUUUUCACUUGAAUAAUUUUUGCAGAAACAGAAACGGAACUACUGAACACUGUGAAUAGAAAUUUGUACUUAGGACAUUUCGCCGAAAUGUCACUUAAUUAUUUUUGCUUCUAAACCCUUCAUAUAUAAAUCUAUCAUAUUGGAAAAUAUUUUGUGGAACAAAAAAAUAUCAAUUCAAAAACAUAAACAACUUAAUUCCAAUAUAUCAAAAUGAAUUUCAACUUAACGUGGCAAUAAAUUACAACAAACUUUAUUGUUCAAUUGGAUGCUCAAGUAUACUUCGAGUAAAAACAAAAUGAGAAUUUUUCAGUGAUAAUAAAUUGAAUUGAAAAUAUUAGUUAUAAAAAAUGUGACCAAUAAAUCAACUUGGAAAACAUUAUCAACAACGAUAUUUACAUUUUUCAGUAUUUCACCUAUAAUUUUAUCACAAAAUUGCAUUAUUUUUUCCUCAAGUCUUUAAGAUUUGUACCUAUUGUGUUUAAAAGCAAAAAAAACACUUUUGGAUAUAAAUAUGAUUCAGAGAUCCAUUUGAUUGCACAAAUCAUGUAGAUUCAUUUAAAAAUAAUAAAUAGGUUUUCAAAAAGUGUUCGUUUUCAAUACGUUCUUUUGAAAUUUACACUGGUAGAUUGUAAUUAGGUAUUAAAGUUUGUACAUUGACAUACUUUAUUACGAUUGUUUUCAAAUGUUGACAUUCACUAGCUGCUGCUUUAAAUCUACUGUUAUUAUUUUCUAUAACCUUUACAUUUUUUGUUUCAUAGAUUAUUUAUAUCAAUAUUUUUAGAAAAAAAGUCAAUGUUCGAAAUUUAAUAUUUUAAAAUACAGAUUAAUAUAUUGAUACUGGAAAAAUAUUUGCUGACUUUUCCAAUAUGUGUUUAUUUGGAACAUACUGUAUAGGUGUACAGUUGUUGAUUGACAUUGUUUAUUGUUUAGCUUAGUUGUACUUUUAUGUAAUUUGUUUUAUUUAUAUACCAUGGAGCCUUGUAAAAUUUAGACCAGUUUGUGAGAAAAAGGAAAUCUUAGGAAUCAAUUUGUUCAGGUAAUACUUCCCAAUAUUUUAGAAAAAUAAUGAUAUUUCGAACAAUAAAUGUUAUAAAAAACAAAUUAUGUAAAAUUACAAGCCACAAACCCUAGUUGACGUUUCAAGGAAGAUAAUGCGAAAAAAUUAUAUAAUUUAGAUAAGCUAAUAAAAAAAUUAUAAACACAAAAUUUCAAAUAUCAGAUUAAUAAUUAAAUAUACAAGGGUAGAGUAUAAGGGUUCGACCAAAAAAGACAAUAAAUUGUGGCAUUGAAAAUCUUUAUGAGUUUAUUAACCGAUUAGUUUCUAGUAUAAAUUUUUAUUUUAUUAAUCAUUGGAAUGACUAAAUGGAAACACUGAAUCUUUCAUUAUUUUUUAUAGUUUGUACAUGAAAUGGCUGUAGGUGUUGAACAUUUGAAUUCAUUAUUUCAUAAUAAUGUAAUAUAAAUAUGGAUUAUUGUCAAUUUAAAUUCGAACCAACUAAAUAUAUAAAUAUUUACUUGAUGCUGUAUAAAAAUAAUCACUUAUCUAUUGGCAAUCAUAAAAGUCCUACUCUGUGUUUCUUACGAUAUUAAAGUCAAUCAAAAAUAGACUUGAACAAUACCACAAACUGGCCUAAAUGAGUAUUUUUUGUUUCUUUACGUAAAAUACAAUUGACUUGUAAUGUUCUUAAUUGUAGAUUUGUGGAAAGGUUGAUGAUUAUAAACUAUACAUUGUUAAAUAGAAAUACCUUAAUAUUUAUUUCAAGAUUUUUUUAUUCGAUUUUAUUUCUUUAUUGAUAUGGCGUUGCUUUGUUUUUGUGUUAUGAUCCAGUGAAGCGUAAAUGUUUUUUCAAUAAAUAGCCUGUGUUAUUA